AUGAAGCUCCUCACUCUCUCCCUCCUGGCCGCCUCCCCGGCGGCAGCGCGGUCUUACCUCUCCUGGAUGGCCGAUUCCUGGAUCCUCAACAACCAGGAACAUGAAGGUCCAUACUGGUACGGGCGCGCAACCAUCUACGAAGGCUACGAGGCAGCCUACUCACUGUACGGCAACGAGACCCUGCUGGACUGGUACCACUCGCAAAUCGACGAGGUGGUCGCUCCUGACGGCUCAAUUGUCGACUUCAACGAGACCGCCUCAGGGGAGGAGAAGUACCGGCUUGCUGCGGAUCGCAUCCGGGCGAUGCUGGACCGACACCCGCGCACGCCGACAGGCGGGUUCUGGCACCGGGCGCCGAUCUAUGCGAAUCAGAUGUGGCUGGAUGGGAUUUUCAUGGCGGACGUAUUUUACGCCAAAUGGACGGCGCUAUUCGAUGCGCAGAAUGUCACUGCCUGGGAGGAUAUUGUGCUGCAGUGGGAUAAGAUCGAGGCGGCUACGAGAGAUGAGCCGACCGGUCUGCUUGUGCAUGGCUUCGACGAAAGCAAGACGGCUGUAUGGGCUGACCCGGUGGAUGGUGCGUCGCCGCUCGUCUGGAACCGGGCUGUCGGGUGGUAUUUUGUCUCCCUGAUUGAGGUCCUUGAUGUCUAUCCCAAGCAUCUGGAUGGAUACCAGCGGCUGCUGGGUUACUAUAAGAGACUCGCACGAGGUCUUCUCCAGACGCAGGACCCAAAGGUCCAUGGCUGGAAGCUAAUCCUGAGCAAGGCAAUGUUCGCCUAUGGUUGGCUUGCCGGUUUGCGACGAGGCUAUAUUGACGAAAGGACCUAUGGACGGCCCGCAGCGAGAGCGUAUAACCACCUGAUUGAUGACUUUGUGACGAAGCAUCAGAAUGGAACGUUGACCUGGGAGGGAACGGUACGCGUUGGCUCGCUGAACAGUGAUGCCAGUUUUGAGUACUACACCGACAUUCCAGUUGUCCCGAAUGAUACGAGAGGCGUCGGUCCUUUCUUGCUUGCUUCUUAUGAGUGGGAGCUUCGACAGAAGCGGUCGUGA